AUUUUUUGCGCCAUUUUUCUCGCUUUCCUUCAGCUAUUUAUCUUCUUUUUUUUCUAUUAAUAAUUAUUUGUAUUUUGUUAUAUUUAUGAAGUAGAUUCAUAAUUAUGAAUUAUGAAGUAGAUUUACAUUCUUUUCCUGGUGCAACGAUAGAAAGGUUAAGACGUAAGAUAUCCUUUUUGGACAAUCGAUACCAUUUGAUUUUGGUACAUGUUGGUACCAACAAUUCGAAUGACAGUGUUGAAGAUAUUCUUAAAAAGUACGAUUGCCUCUUUAAGGAUAUUAAACGUUUGAACCCGAAUAUCAAUGUUAUCAUUUCAGAUAUCCUACCACGUGGUGAAGAUUUUUUCACAACUUUAAAUCAGCGAGUAGCAGCUUUGAACCGUUUACAGGUAAUUAAUAGAAAGAUUGUAGAAAUUAAUUCUCAACUUGAAAAGUACUGCCAAAAUCGAGAAGCGUUUUUUAUUUGCAGGUCGUCUCAUCAUUUUGGAGCUAAGUUAUUGGCUAGGGAUGGAUUACAUCUAAACCGUCUGGGGAACAAGAAACUUGCGGCAGUUUUCCUGGAUAAUAUCAAGAUUGUUUUGACUUCAAAGCCAGUUUCUACAAAGGAAUCAGAGAAUUUGUACUUAACACUUCAUCCCAUUGACUGUGAAGGAUUUCCUCAGGAAUGAUUAGUGGUUCUGCACCAAUUUUCAUGGCCAAUGGGAUAGUAUGCAAGUACUGCAAAUUUUUCUGUUCAUAAAUAAUCUCAUAUCUGAUCUCAAUCUGAUCAUUUUUAAUAUUUCAGGCUUAUGUUUGCAAAAUGAAUAGUGCAUUGUUUUCAGUGAUCUUGGCUGUUUCACAAUUGAAUUUAGUCUUCUUUAUUUUUCAGUAAACGAUUGGCAGGAAUCUGGUAUGUAUUUAAAAGUCAAGAGCAAGCUCUGCCAGGAGAAUUUUCUGAAACUGAAACUCAUAAAAUUUUUGAGUAAUAUGGUUGAUGAAUAAUAAUAUUUAUACUCUAUUCAAGGAAUUUUAUCUGAUAUGUCUUUAUUUUCAGAAAUAAAAGAUGAAUAAAAACUUUGUAAAAUAAUUAUUAUGUAUUCUGAAUAAAGUCUGGGGAAAAAAUUA